AUGAAUUUCUUGACUAUUUUCCUAUUUCUGGCAAUUCUCCAUACUUCAUUUUCUGUCGAUGUCGAUCCUGCAGUUAAGGUUCGAAGACAUCUGAAACGGAUUUAUGCUAAAGCGAAAGCUAAUGAUACGGAAAAAAUCAAAGAGUUUUUUGAUAUUAAAUCAGAGGAUAACCUGUUGGGCACGGAUUUGGUUGGAUUCUUCCUAAAAUACGAUUCCUAUAGAAUCAAUACUAUCCGACAGGCAGCGAGUCGUCGAAUUAUGACCAAAUUGACGUUUUUCAGUAGUACGGAUAAGAAUGGACCCAGCUCAUCACUUCUUCAAACUUAUUCCAUCAGGAAAACUGUCUAA